AUGCUCACCACCCCUGCAGCAGCAGCAGCAGCAGCAGCAGCAGCAGCAGCAGCAGCAGCAACAGCAACAGCAGAAAUGUGCAGCAACAGCAACAAACGAGACUUGCAGGGGGCUCAGAUGUCUAGCAAGACAAGAAAGAGCAGCAGCAACAGCAGCAGCAGCAGCAGCAGCAAGAUACAUCACACAAGUACCAGCAGCAGCAACAGGAGAAGGAAUAGCAGCAGCAGCAGCAGCAGCAGCAGCAGCAGCAGCAGCAGCAGCUUACUUAGGCCCUCUAAUGAAUGCACCAAACUCCUUAAAGGAUGA